AUGUUUCCUCGUGGUGCACUUCAGGGCGGAACUUUCCCUACUCUUCGAAUUCUGCCAAUCUGUUCGCGGGCAUACCUGUCUCAAAGCAAUGUUUUCUAUAAUCAGUUGACAAGAGGUGAUUUAGCUGCUUCUCCAGAAAACAUCGCCAAAGACUCUCAUUUACAAUCAAGACCUCUAGAUGUUUCGCACUAUGCACCCGUGAAACCUGCGAAGAAAAAAGUGUCAGAGUCAAAAUACGAAUCCACGACAUACGAGUUACCUAAAUGGAAGGAAGCACUGGGUGAGCUUGUAAUUCGCACUUUCAACUUAGAUAUGGACAAGGUUAGGGCAGGAUCAGUUGCUGGCUCCUACUACUACAACAUGUGUAAGGAGCAGGCUUUACAAUAUGAAAAUAAAGAACUCUCCGAUACUGCAAAGUUUUUUUACGAGGAUCUGAAACUUCCCCGCACAUUUUCCCAGUGGUUCCAAGUGACUAUCUUACAUGAGUGGAUGUUGUUUGUUCGUAUGCGUGCUAUGCCUUUCAAAUAUGGCAGGAACUAUCAACAGAAGUUGGUCGAUAGAACUUUUUCAGACAUUGAAAUGCGGUUGUUCGAAGAGAUGAACGUUAACUCUGGGAGAAUCGCUGACCAGUAUCUAAAAGAUUUCAACAGCCAACUUCGCGGUGCAAUUUUCGCCUAUGACGAAGGUUUUUACACGGACGAUGCUACAUUGGCGACCGCUGUAUGGAGAAAUUUGUUUGGUGGUAGAAAGAACAUAGAUUUUGUGCAUCUGGAAGCUGUUGUGAGAUAUAUUCGCUCGCAGCUUUAUGUAUUGAGUAUGCUUUCCGACAGGGAAUUUGCGUUGGGCAAUUUUAAAUUCGUUCCAGCUAAUGAAUCUGUUAGUGUACUAACCAAAGAACAGGAGAAAGAGCUUAAGAAAAAAGUCAUUGAAAAAUACGAAGCUAUGGAUAAGAAUAAAGAUUUAUUACCGAGCGACAGGAGUAAGCUUUCAUACACCAACUAG